AUGGAUACAUCGGUUUGGUUCCAGGCAGAGAUCGGGCCCCGCCUCAAACCAAGCAUCCAGUUCGUCUUCCGGCAAUGGAGCGGGCUGACCGAUGAGGAAUUAACAUCCCACCUACAUCAAAUCCGCGAUCAGGCAUGGCCGUUGGGAAAAUACCCUUGUAUCGGGCUCUGGAUGUUUCUGCUACCAGGCAUCGCAGCCUUUCCUCAAUUUCCCACCAUCCUUGAAACCGCACAACGGCCCCAGGCCGCCAUCCUCGAUCUGGGAUGUGGACUUGGUCAGGAUUUACGGUUACUUGCCGCUCACGGCGUUUCCACGGAGCGCAUGUGGGCGCUGGACAUUGAAGCCCACCUGUGGGGGCUAGGUUAUCAGCUCUUUCGUGACGAAGGGCGCAUGAAGGCCAUGUUCAUCAACGCCGACUUUCAGAAAACAAGCGUCGCGGAAGAUGAGCGGUUUUCCGCAUUGAGGGGCAAGGUGGACCUAGUUCUGGCAUCGCAAUUCCUGCAUUUGUUCGACUGGGAUGGCCAGAUAGCGGCGAGUAAGAAGAUCGUCGGUCUAUCUAAGCCAGGCACCAUAAUAGCGGGGUUUCAGCAGGGGCGGAAACGAGCACGGGCCUAUAUUCGGCCCUGGGGAAUGAUGUUUUACCACAAUCGGGAAUCAUUUUUGCAAAUGUGGGAUAUGGUCCAGCAGCAGACGGACACGCGCUGGACGAUCGACGUUAGCGUGGUCGCAUUGCAGGAUUGGGGCAUGCAGGAUGAGGAUUUGGAAUGGAUGCCCGAGGACCGUAUGGGGAUUAAUUUUAUUGAGCAAUCUAGCAAGGUUUGCAUCGUUGUUGGAUUUGUCGUCGACGCCCGGUGA